AUGUCGCCAGAAGAUAAUUACGGUAUAUCUCAGAAUUCGUCCCAAAACUUCUAUCAAAACUCCCAACAAAAUUUCGAUACCUACCCACAAAAUUACCAGAAUUCCGAAGAUAGCUAUUUUCAGUCAUACACCAUAGUCCUGGAGACACAAAAUUCGUACGACCAAUAUGACGUAAAAGACGAUGCAUCUAACGUUGGUGUUGGCCGGGGAAAGAAAGCUGCAGUGAAAAAGAAAAACACGGGCAAAGAAGCUACCAGCAAGGAAAAAAUUGCAUGGGAGAAAACGAAAGAUGAAGUGUUCAUCGCUUCGUUCAUGAAACACAGCACCGAUGCUAUUGCAUCGACUAACCAAAAAGCUACCCAACUGUGGAGUAAGGUGCAGAAGUCGUUUGAGGAGGCUCAGAGACAACGACCGUACGAAAUCCACGUACGAAAUGGGAACAUGCUUCAAAGUCGAUGGAGAAGAAUUGCUACAGUAGUGACCAAGUGGGUUCCUACAUAUGAUGCUACGACUAAGAGAAUGAGUAGUGGUCAGAAUGAGGGUCAUGUCCUAAAAAACGCUAUAAAGAUAUAUGAACACCAGCAUGGUUCUUGGGAUUUUGAUCAUGCAUGGCGUCUUUUGCAGAAUUUCAACAAAUGGGAAGAACUAGUCAAUCUUAGAGAAAAAAACACCGAAAGUGAACAGCCUUCUAGGGGUAGCGGAAAGCGGAAAAUUAUUGAUGGUGGUUGUGCGACGCCGGAGACACCCGCUACAGAUGAUGACGUCUUUGGUGGUGCUAGCAUCCGUCCAAUUGGUAUUAAGAAAUCCAAAGAACUAGCUAGAGGGAAGUUUAAGGAAGAUCCAAACAUUACAAACUUUGCCACCAUACUUCAACUACAUGACGAAGUUGCAGCUAACAGGAGGAGAUGA